UCAAAAAACCAAACCAAACAACCGGAAACAAUGAACUAUGCGGUAAUUAAGGCUCAAUAAUACAAAGGUUAGAAUAUAUAAAAGGAAUGCUGCGGCCAUUAGCAACAGCUUGCACCAAGUAACAUGGGCGAACUGCCCUUGGAGGACCCAAUCCCUACCUCUACCCCAGUAUGACACCAUAAUGCAGCCCUGACAUAUACAUGUCCCUCUGCUCGCCACACAAUCAGAACCCUCAAGUUUGUUAGCAGCCCACAGUACUAACAUUUCCUUUAAAGCAAAAAUGUGCCUAUUUGUAGUCACUUCUACCACCGCCAGCAGCAACAGAGCCUGAGCUGGAGGGAAAAGUGCUCACUUUCAACGGUGUUAGUUUCUAACUGUCAAACCAUGGUGGACUACUACGCCACUCUAGGAGUGCAGAGAUAUGCGUCACCAGAGGAUAUUAAAAGAGCAUACCAUAGAGUGGCACUUAAAUGGCAUCCUGAUAAAAAUCCAGAAAAUAAAGAGGAAGCAGAGCAAAAAUUCAAAGAAGUCGCCGAGGCCUACGAAGUAUUAUCAAACGGUGAAAAACGGUCCAUGUAUGACAAAUAUGGCAAGGAAGGAUUAAAUGGCAAAGGUGGAAGCCAUCUUGACGACGAACGUGAGUACAGUUUCACAUUCUGUAAGGCAGAUGACCUGUUUAAAGAAUUUUUAGGUAAAAGGGAUCCAUUUUCGUUUCACUUCUUUGAAGACCCACUUGAGGACCUUUUAAGAAGUUCAAGAAACUCCAACGGCAGCAGAAGGAGAGGCGCAGGAUCCUGUUCCUACGACCACCCCUCAGUGUUUGCCAGGCUUUCUUCUUAUGAUCCGGAAUAUUCGUCUUAUGUUUCACUGGGGUACGAGGACCUUACUUCAUUCUCUCCCCUGGCAUUUGAUGAAACUGGGGUGGGCAAUUACAUACCCAUGACACCUUCAGGCAAAUUUGUUAAUGGAAGACAUAUUAAUAUAAAGAACACUUUUGAGAACCUCCAUGUGAGAGAAGCUGAAGAUGAUGGUGGGCUGAGAUCCUUUCUUGUGAAUAGUAUGUCAGAUGAAGAGGGCUUUGCAGAAAAAUGUAACUGGAGGAGACAUUUCAACAAUUAUUCACCAAAUUACUACAGCCCUCCAAAUAUACCUCAAUAUACUCUUGUGGAGAACAAUGAACAAGGUACACCUUGGGUCACCAGCAAGAAGGAUCCUUCCAUUUUCUCAGCAGGAUUUAAAGAUGGUGGUAGGAGGAAAAAAAAGAAGCACAAAGAGGGGCAGAAGAAGAAGUCAAACAAAAGGAAUAGCUAAUUGACUCUAGACACAUUAAGAUCAUAUAACAUUUGAACACCACCCUUUUGUGUGUUUUGGUUAAUCAAAGAGUUUUAUGGAUAACACUUAUUUAUGACUAUGUAAGAUUAGGUGGGUGUUUUGCUUUGCUUCUCUGUUUUUGAGACAGGGUCAACUAUGUAGCCCUAGCUAGCUUGGAACUUGCCAAGGAAACAAGGCUGGCCUCAGAGAUCUGCUUAUCUCUGCCUCUCAGGUACUGGACCCGAAGAUAUGCACUACCUCGAGUGAGUCCUUCCCCCAACCCCUCCCAAGACAGGCUUUCUCUGUGUAGCCUUGGCUAUCCUGGAACUCAUUUUGUAGACCAGGCUAGCCUCCAACUCACAGAGCUCCCUCCCGAGUGCUGGGAUUACAGGUGCACGCCACCAUGCCCAGCAGAAUUUUUUUUUUAAAUAAUG